AGAGAAAUGAUUUAUUGACAAAGCCAAUGUGUUAACAUAUAUUGCCUUACAGUAUCGACAUGUCGCAGACCGUUGUUAUUCUUUUCUUUGCUUUCCUUGCAUACGUACAAGGAUCACCGGUAAGUAUUAAAUAUGUUUCCCCUUCGUUGCCCUUUUCGUUGUUUAAUCGACAUGGUUCAGAUAGCGGCGCAAAAUAAUGGAAAGAGGAGAUGAAACAGAGCUAAUCUGGAUACUUAGUUUCCUUUGUAGGAUAAUAACAGAUUACAGAGAGUUUGAUCUUAUUAUUCCACUUCUGGGGAGUUUAAGGUAGCUGUCAGUAAGACAACAAUUAUGUUUUCGUUAUGCUAUCCUAGCAAAUCAAUCAAUGCAUACAUGUUUAUUUGUUUCUUGUGAAUAAAUGGCCGUGUAACAGAACAUCUUCUAGGUUUGUUUAAAAAGCAGAAAUGAGUUCAUGGUCGACUAGAAAUUCUCAGUUCUUAAAAAUAUUCUACUAUCGUUCAGCCAGGAGAAAGGCCAGCUUUGAAUAACGUACUGUUUUCUUGAGUAAUGAAGUAGAUUCUAUCAAGUGAAAAGUUCGUAAAUCAAUCACAAACUUCAAACGAGCGUGUAGGAAUGCCAUUUAAAGAAAUCUUUUUGAUCUUCGCAAGAGAUUUAAUUUUUAUUCUUUAUGUGUAAAUAUAAAGUAACUUAAGCCUUGCUUUUCCUUGUAUAUAGACAACUUUAGCUAGUUUUUUUUUUAACAUGAACGGUUUAUCUUAACGAUGAAAUAUUUAGUUAGGAGUAUUUGUUUUCUUUUCUUUUCUUUUUUUUUUUUAUUUAUUAAAGGAGUAACAGAAAGAGCCCCAAUGUGGAUGAGUCAAUUAAGUUUGCAUUUUGUUCUUUUUAAAUUGGUCCGUUCACCUGUUCGUACCAUCCCUACUAUCCCUUGGCCAACGCACUUAACAGUGAUGGACCGUACUAACAUAUUUUAGCUCUGACGUCUUGCUCUUUGGAUCAUAGAUUACACAAAACUAACCUCACUCAUAACUUCCUUGAUUUUUUCCUUCCACAGCGUCUCAUAUUAGGUAAGAGGAUAAUUAUAUACAUGUAUUUCGUUUUUUUUUUCAUGCCACGUUUUGGAAAGAAUGAACUGGCUACAAUCGGCGACAAAAUUGUUGGGACACUGUCCGCGAAAGGGGCAACUUCGGAGAACAUCACAAUCCACACCCCUCACCCUCCCCUCCAUUUAAAGUUGGGAUGUUAGUUGGUUUCUCUGGGUCCCCGCUCGAACAUCCACACAACAUUGCGUUAGGGGGUGGGGAAGGGAAAGCUCCAUUUUUCCCUUUUUGAAGUCGGCAAAACGUCAGAAAUACAAUUUAGGACAAAGCGUCUCAACUAAUUUUGUCGCAGAUUGUAGGUUGAUAAUACAAGUUAAAAACGGUAACCAACGCUCAACAUAAAACAUAAUAAAGGGGAAGGAGGAGCGCGAAUUUUUCUUUGAUCUGCAAAUAUGUGUUCGAAUUAGCGGUAAUUUUCGUAGAAUAUAUGACAGGGAGCCUUACCGGCCUCCUCGUAAAAAUUUCAAGCUAGCUUCCUCUAUGUUCUAAGUCUCGUAUAUGUCAGCUGUUUUGUUUUUAUGCCGAAUGAAGAAUUUUGCUGGGUUCUGGAAUGACAGAAAAUUUCAGGUAUUCUUGGAUGACGGAUUUGAUUGCCCGCCGAGAGUAAAUACAGCAGUUAGCGGUUUCCGAACAAUUCUUGGUUGCUGACCUCACGAUAAAACAGACUGUGCGGACAGGUGGAGGUAACCACUUGAUCUUUAGAAAAAUAAGAGAUUAAUGCUACAAAUAUUACCGGUUCGAGAUACAAGAACUUUCUCUAAAGUACAAAAUGUCACGAAAAUAGACGAAACCAAAAAGCCUGAUCACUUUUAUUUAACAGGUUCAAGUUGCAACUGUCGCGACAAAUCUUUGCCACCUUGCCCUGAUUCUGGAGCAUGCGCAGCCGUAACCUGUUUAACAGGCCGCUCCUGCGAGCCAUGUCCUUGUAACUGUAACAUCGCCCGGUGCGUGCGAACAGCACUACCUCCAUUUCCAGGUGAAAGUCAUUUAUAGAGUCUUCUUACUUUUGACAACAAAAUGGGAUGAAAAUGGAAAAACUGCAUGAUAUAUUCCUUUACUCAACAGGCCCAAGAUGCCCGUGCCAAAAAGAAGAUUUCCGGCCACCUUGCCCUGAUUUUGGAGCAUGUGCAGCCAUACUCUGCGGACCAGGCUUCUCCUGCGAGCCUUGUCCUUGUGACUGUAGAACCGGCCAGUGCGUGCCUAACGACCGACGGUAGACGUCAGACCAGUCAAAGAUACAUCUCGAAAAUGCUACAUUGUCUGCAUGGUCAAAAGCUAUAUAACCCUGCCUAAAUCUUAGAAAACGUAAAACAACUUACAAGACUUAAUUGAUAUGAGAACUUAAAAUGUCUGAG